AUGGAUUUGCGCACCAUCAUGAAUACUGAUGCCGGCGGCGCAUCCAAAGCCAAAGCACUGCCGCCCAACCAGUCGUCCAGCCCUGCCUCUGAUCUAUCUCAGAAACAGCGCGCUCAAUCGGCCUAUACAGAGUAUCCAGCACGUCCCCCACAGCCUCCAUUGCAACAUCCACCGCAUGCCUCACCCGAGCGAUCCUCGCCCUACGGGCCUACCCAAUCACCAUACCAGCAGUUCAACGCAGGACCCCCUCCGAUAAAUACAGCAGUACAGUCUCAAAGAACGCAAAGCCCUACACAUGUCUCUACUCCCUACGGUUCCGGAGCGCCCGACCCAUAUGGUGCAGCGGCGUACAAUUCGCAUCCCCAACACCCCGCGGGCCCCUUGGCCUCCCCAUAUACACCACAGCCCAUGAGCGCAGGAGUUCAAAACACUGAGCCGGCAUCAUAUUUUGCUCAGCAGCGUUCCCAUUCUCUUCAUAGUGUUAUGGCCAACCCGCGCCCCAUCACCCGAGACAGUCCGCCUUCCGUCCCCCAGCCUCAUCCAUCGCAUCAAUUCUCUCCCUCCGCCCAUCAGUCGGUACCGGGAACUCCUUUGGGACCUCCACCUGCCUUUAUAUCGCUCCUCGGACUGCUCAUGACCGGCAAACACGAGAUCCUACACAAGUGCCAUCGCCAUCAAGACAACGUCAAUUCUCUCCCCCACUCCCGACCGACCGAUCACGCACCUCCCUUCCAUCCCACUGGUAUAAAGCAAGAGCAAUCGGAGACUGCAAGCCCUGAAUUUUCUCGGCAAAAUAGCAUUGCAGCAAACUCUGAUUCCGCCGGAGCUGGUCCGCGUCGCCCGUCUGAAGACAAGUGGAACGAUAGUCCUACAGCACCAUUCCAUUCUGGACCGGGGUCAGAUUCACGCGCCUCACCUAUUGCGACAUCCCAUACGCAGAUAAACAGCUCGCCAUCGGCCUCGCGAAGCGGUUCUCAUUUCAAGAUGGAGAUUGACCAUGAGCCAAACCAGCGCAUAUCAAGUCAGCCGCCGAAGAAAAAAAGGAGGCGAUACAAUGAGCCUCCAAUUUAUGCCCAGCGGAGCGUGCGUACCAAAGGCAGACCCCCGAUGAUCCCAAAUCCUCAGCCCCCUAUUCCGAAACACGCCAGGCAGUUGCAUGAAGAGCGACAGCUCAGCCGUCGGGCUUCCUCAGCAACUGGAGCUGCAGUUACGGCCGUCACUCCUACCUCCGUUCGAACACCUGUUGCAGCGCCACCAAGCGCCAACGGUCCUCCCACCCCGGCUGCAGCCUCAGCACCGACUCCAGCACCGGUAACCGCGCCGAGCACCAACAAUACCAGCACCAAAGCGGUGGGAAUUUUGGGACCGUGGGAGCCGUCAAUCACCGGAUUCAUUCCUCACGAAGAAGUUACAAAGCUUCUCUGCGAUUUUCUAUUUCAACAUGUGGUGAUGAGGAACGACGUGGCCACCGGCUCCGCAGCCGCUGGGCAGGGUGCUAUCAUCGAAAUAGAAGGGAAAUUGGGCCAUGUAAUGGACAUGGACAGAGGAGAAAGGCUGAAUUUGCCAAUUCUUACUGAAACCGUUGUCAACCGAGAUAUUCCACGAUUCCGCACAUCGUUUGAAAGCAGCAUGACUGUUGAACAACACCGUGCCAUGAAUAAUUUCCUGAACGAGGCAGUCAAGGCUUCCAUGCCUGGUACAAACUCCACUCGUGUUCCAAUAUCUUACGCACACAAAAAGGAGCGUGAUACCUUUUACGAAGUGUCUCCCGCCGAUCUGCCUCCAGUAAUUCGCCAAAACCUAAACCCUCGCCACAAACCAAAGGUCCGGGUGACAACAGACCAACGGACUGGUGAAGUGCUCGCAAAGAUCGUCAAAUGCCGUGUCGCCGAUAUCGAUGUGUGUAGUCCACGUACAACCGUCGACUGGCGCGUGAGCGUGAACCUAGAAAUGGAGUACGAAGGUGAUCAUCGCAACCUGCCUCUAGUGGACAUGUCCAAAGGAGGCCGUGGCGAGCGGAACAAGGACCGCAUGAGCUACCGACACUUGGCCUACCAAGUUGAUCUGACCCAAGUAGCCAAAGCUGAGCCUGCAACGAAAAACGAAUUCGAACACGAGCUCGAAGUCGAAGUGUCCGCUGAUGAAGUUCGCCGACAGGGUCAACUUGCAAUGAACGGGGACCCAUCAAAUCAGUAUGAGGAGUUGGUCAAAGGUUUCGUGGAUAAUAUUCGCGUGCUGGCACGAGCGGUGCCACCUUGA